AUGAACGGUAUAAUAUUCGUCGUGGAGUCAUGGACAUGUUGGGCCAUAGCCGUCAUAUUCAUUGCAUUGAGGAUUUUUGGGCGAGUUUCGAAAUUAGGUUGGAAGCAACUCAAGCUAGAUGAUGGCCUCAUGUUUUGCGCUUUGUUCGCAUACACAGCUGAAGCGACCUCAUCGCAUUAUCUCUCGGCUCGCUGGUUAGGUUAUUCAAAUAGUGGAAUGACAGAGACAGAGCGCGAAACUUUAGAUCCCAAUUCAAUAGAAUGGUCAUAUCGAGUCAACGGGGCCAAAACUCAUAUUUGGGAUUGGAUAACCUAUAUUUCGUUAAUGUGGUUGUUAAAGGCAUGCUGGAUUGCCUAUUACGCUCGUUUGAUUGCAGCUGCUGCCGAGAAAAGAUCAUUGCGGCGCAUUACAAUAGGAUACGUGGUGUUGGGUGUUACUUAUCUAUCAGCUAUCUUGGUAGUAUUUUGCAAAUGCAUGCCUUUGAAGAAACAAUGGCAAAUUUACCCAGAUCCAGGAAACCUCUGUUACCCUGGAAAUUCUACAUUUCAAAUGGCUUUCGUCAUGUCUCUUAACACACUUACGCAUAUGUAUAUCUUGGUCAUACCUCUACCUUCAAUCCUUGCUACAAAGGGUAUGUUACCAUACCAGAAAGUAUUUAUUCUAGUACUUUAUAGUGGCGGAUUUCUCGUGACUGCCUUUGGAAUCUUACGUUGUAUUUCCAUUUUGACCGAUCUUGGAACGACAACCUCAGUAGGUCAAUGGUCCCUCUGGGAAUCAUUCCUUGCAGUCCUCGUAACAAACCUCCCCAUCAUCGGACCCCUCAUCAAAAGCUCCAGCCACCAGCUCCGCAGCCACUCAACCAAAAUCUCCUCUUACGAUGGCACUUCGCCUUUCAACCGUAGUACGGAUGUGGAACUGAACGAUAUAAAUUCGCCGCAACAUCCCUCAAAAUCACGAGGAAAAAAACCAUCUUUGAUUUCAAGAACUAAAGAAAUAGGAGACUGGGACGACGACGAACAAAUCAUGGUUCCGAAACCUACACUCGGUCGAAACUAUACGAAUGCGAAAAUUGCUGCGCCAAGUCAUCAUCAUGAUGAUGUUGGGGGUGAAGAUACACAUCAACAUCACCCCAUACGUACACAUAGUCAGAAUGAUUCCAAGGAAGAUGGUCUGAUAGCGGCAUUAUCAGGAUUGGAUCUGGUGCCGAAGAAAGAGAAAAAUAAUAUGAUCACGACGGUGCAGGCGGGGUAUGGAAAUCAUCGGCGUUGGAAUUGGAGUCGGGAGGAGAGGGAGAGGGAAAGGGAGGAGGGAGAAGAGGCGUUGGAGGUGCAGGAGGGGGGUAUUAGAGUAGUGCGGGAAUUUAGGUAUACAAAUAGUGCGGGAGCGACUUAUGGGGGGCCUGUUGCUGGUCGAUAG